AUGGCCGCGCGGGCAGCAACCGCUGGCAGUGCUCCUCAGGAGCCCGCUCUCAUCGUGACCCCCCCAACGGCAGACCACGACACCGGCCGCGGACGAAGACGCUCCCGUAGCACCAACCGAGGCGACAUUAGAUCCCUCCGCACCGAAGAGUCGAGCACUCUGCGAGGCCGGUCCCCGCGGCGUGCCACCUCCCCCUUCGACCUUGUCUCUCGCAGCUCCUCUCCCACGGGCCAGAUUCUGCGCUGCAGCCAGUUGCGUCACGCCCGCCGCGAGCACUGCCCCUCGCGGGUUGCCUCUCCGUCCGAUCGCCAUACCGCCUUUCGUUCACGGCCGACGCCCCAGAGCAGUACUCGCACACGGAGUCGCAGCCGCGGCUUGCGGGUCGAGCGGGAUCUGCAUCGGUCCGCCGACCUCCUGUCCAGCCUGAGGAACGAGCUGCGGCUGCUGCCAGGCAACAGUUCGGUUGACAAAACCAAAGAUUGA